AGCUCUUCAUUACCAUGUUUAUAAUUUUUUUUAAGCGAAACAGAAUAACAAUAGUGGAGAUUGAUUUUGAAUCGUGACUUAUUAUAAAAUGAGAAUUCUACGUUUUGGAAUUAAAGAAAACCACUGCGGGUCAUGUCAAAAGGCAUUUUGUUGUUUCAGUUGUCGAUCGAAACAUGAAAAUAUUGUCCACCAGAGUUACCAGAAGAGCGGAACAGAAUCGAUACGAAAAGUUUUGGCACCAAUCCGUAAUGGAACCUUUCAGUCGAAUAACAGCCUUGCUAAGAUUCCAGAAUUAGCCCAGUUGAAGAGCUUUCAGUCGAAAAUCCCGAUAAACGAUAGAAAAAAGAAUUCGAUAGUUGUUUACAAAGAUCAUUCUCAGUUGAAUGACCAACUGAAAAUUCAUGACACGGAGAAAUCCAGUAAAAUAGUGAAAGAUUCUUUCACUCAACAAGAUUAUAACUCUAAAAAUGACGUUUUGACUGAUGAACACUCAAUUCAUCAAGAAAAUAAAAGAAACAUACCAUUUAUUUCUGAAAAAGAUUUCAACGUAACAGUUGAUGUUGGAAAUAGUUUGGUGUCAUUUGUGAUAUUUUCAGAAGAGAAAAAAGAAAAUAUACCACCCCAACAAAUUUUAGAUACUACCAAUUAUCACAUAACGACGGCUGGAAAUACUCCUCCUAGAAUAAACACUGAAGACUUGGAAAAUCUUAAAAGUGCUGACUCUGUAAUUGAAGUGCAAUCUUCGCUGGACCAAGAUUCCUCAAUUUAUUGCGCUUGUUCCGAAAAUUUGGUGAAAUCCGACGUCAAUUCCAAUUGGAGCAGCGCCCUAUCGGCGAUGUGCGAUUUGAGCAACAACGAAAUAAAAGAAAUUUCGGAGAAUAGUUCGAUCUAUUUCGCAUGUUCGGAAUUUUUGUCAAGAGAAUUAUCUGGUAAAACAUGCCCUAAGACUGACUGCGAUAUGGAAGGCUUCAAGACGUUCGAAGAAAAUUCCAAGCUCGCUAGCACAAAAUUACAAAUGACUGUAUCUUUCGCGAAAGAAGUAUUUGAAUCUGAGAACCGCACGAAAAUUGAGUGUGAUUCCACUGAAUAUUUGACACCCAGCCUCGAGGAAAAUACGGACGCUGGGGUUUUUUCAAUAAACGAAAGUGUUGAAACAGAUAACAGCACCGAAACAAUAACAAGCGACUUUUGCAGUGAGCCUGUUUCAGUUAUUUUUGAUGAAUGCAGUUCGGUAAACCUAGAACCGCCAGAACGACGUGAAUAUCUGAGUGAUUGGGUCAGGGCAUGUGCAACACAAACCUCUGUGAAUUCAAGUAUAAGCUCGUUGCUGGAUAUCUCGGGAGCUGAUAAGGAAAACUGCGGAACUGCCAUAGAAGUCAUUCCUCCAGUGUUCGAACAUGUUCCUGUGACCAACGAACAUAGGUUACCAAUUGCUCAGCCCACUUAUGUAGUAAAUGGCGACCGUUCUCUUUGGCAGUCGUUCUCGAAUUCUCUGCAGCGGGCAUACAAUUCAACGAAAGAAAUAUGUACUAACAUAGGACGUAAAAAUAAGUCCAAACGUGGACUGGAUGACAUAUCAGAGGACCAACCUAAACCUAAGCGUCCAAAGGUUCUCUGCAGACCUCCCAUUAGGGACAACCCAAAGGUUAUCUUCCGGCAAGAUGGCGAUUUCCGAAGACCUGUAAUUGCCUACGAUAAAGGAACUCAAACUGAUGGAGAUUCAAUCUUCUAUUAAUUUUCCAGUUAUGGUGUGAAUAAUAUGAUCAAAAUGACACACAAAAAUUGAUAUAUGUUUUUUGACUAUUUAUAUCAUUAUUUAUUCUAUAAUAAAUAAAUUCUUUCUGUUUUUAUUCGUAUCUAUCAAUUUGUCAGUGCAUAUCUGUGUUGAUGAUGUCUGUUUUUGAUUAACGAAAUAUAAAACUUAUAUUUUCA